AUGUCUUCCCCCAAAACACAACGCACAAAGACACCCCAGCUCAUCAUCACAUCUCUCCCCCCCAGCUCCCUUCCCCCAGAAGACUACACCUAUCGCGUCCCCACCACCCCCGUCUCCGUCAAGUUCUACCACUACGGCGACUCCCUCCGCGACGCCAUCGCCACGCAGGAGGUCCUCUACGCCGCCUUCCAGGACGCCGCCUCCCACCCGCCCGAGCUCGACAUCGCGGCCACAAAGUUGCAGUACAGCCGGAAGUACGUCAACACGGUCGAUGUGGUCCUCCUGCCGGAAUCGGCGAUGAAGUGGGAGAUGUGGCGCUUUGCCGUCUUGGGCUUGGGCGCGUUCAUGCAGUGGUGGGAUAAUGUGUGGUUGAGCUUCGAUGUUGAGGUUGUGGGCGUGGUGGGGAGGGUGGGGACGGGGUAUGUUUUUAAGAAUUUUGAGGGGAAUUGA